AUGGCGGCACCGGCGACGGCGGCGGCUCUUGCACACAAGCCAUCUCUACUGACGAGGCUAAACUCAUUCGUCGCCACCACUCGCGUAGGAAAGCGAUUUAAACUCGUCGAACGAAACACGACCUUCACGACGGAGCUCCGCGCCGGCACCGCCACUUUCCUCACGAUGGCCUACGUUCUCGCCGUGAACGCUAGCAUCCUCACCGACUCAGGCGGCACGUGCACCGCCGCUGACUGCACGCCCCUCUGUUCUGACCCGACCGUACCACUUGCUGCCUGCUUAGCUCCGGCCCACCACGUCAUCCAACCGGACAAUUCCUGCAUAUUCCGACCCGUUAACCCGGGUUACUCCGCCUGCCUAGAGACCACCCGAAAAGAUCUGAUCACCGCCACCGUCGUCUCCUCCCUCAUCGGAAGCUUCAUAAUGGGCGUUUUCGCAAAUCUCCCCUUGGCCGUAGCUCCCGGAAUGGGCACCAACGCUUACUUCGCUUACACCGUCGUCGGGUUUCACGGGUCGGGUUAUUUACCGUAUAAAAGCGCAUUAGCCGCCAUUUUUAUUGAGGGCUUAAUCUUCCUCCUAAUCUCCGCCGUCGGAUUACGAGCCAAACUCGCCAAAUUAAUCCCAAAACCGAUCAGAAUCUCAUCCUCCGCCGGAAUCGGAUUAUUCCUCGCCUUCAUCGGAUUACAGAGCAAUCAAGGAAUUGGGCUAAUCGGGCUUAGCGCCUCGACGCUCGUCACGAUCGGAGCUUGCCCGAAAGCUUCCCGGGCAGCUUUAGCUGCCGUCGUAACUGCCCCGAAUGGAACGGUUACUCUUCUCCCAAACGGCGCCGUUUCCGACGAGAUUCUCUGCCUUAACAACCGAAUGGAAAGCCCCACGUUCUGGCUCGGCGUGGUGGGAUUCGUAAUCAUUGCGUAUUGUUUGGUGAAAAACGCGAAAGGCGCUAUGGUAUACGGCAUCGUUUUCGUGACAGCGAUUUCUUGGUUUCGUAACACGGCGGUUACGGUGUUUCCCGACACGGCGGCCGGCGACUCUGCAUAUGGGUAUUUCAAGAAAGUCGUCGAUAUGCAUUUGAUUAAAACCACCGCCGGAGCUUUGAGUUUCCGGGAUUUGAGGAAACCCCAUUUCUGGGAAGCUCUGUUCACGUUUCUUUACGUCGACAUUCUCGACACCACCGGAACUCUGUAUUCCAUAGCCCGUUUCGCCGGAUUCACCAACGCUGCCGGCGACUUCGAGGGGCAGUAUUUCGCGUUUAUGUCGGACGCUUUCUCAAUCGUCAUUGGAUCUCUGCUUGGAACGUCGCCGUUGUCGGCAUACGUCGAGUCGUCAGCGGGAAUCAGAGAAGGCGGGAGAACAGGGCUGACAGCGGUGACGGUGGCGGGAUACUUUCUGCUGGCGUUUUGGUUUACGCCGCUUUUGGCGUCGAUUCCGCCGUGGGCGGUGGGGCCGCCGUUGAUUCUUGUGGGGGUUUUAAUGGCGAAAUCAAUGGUGGAAAUCGAAUGGGGGGAUAUGAGAGAAGCAAUUCCGGCAUUUAUGACGAUGGUUUUGAUGCCGUUGACAUAUUCGAUUGCUUAUGGAUUGAUCGGAGGGAUUGGGAUGUUCGUGGUGCUGCAUCUUUGGGACUGGUGCGCCGUCGUCUUCAACAAUCUCCGAUCAUUUAAUUCAAGUCCUUCGUCUACCCAACAUCCAAAAACACCUGAAGUUUGAUCUCUUUUUAUAAAUAAUAUUUUAUUUAGUUAAAGCGUUUAUGCUCGUUCUAGCCUUAUCGUCUAUCAUCACAUUAGAAACGAGUAGUUUUAAGUUUAUGUGUAUCAGAUUAGAGUAAAGUCAUCAUUUUCGUGGCAAAUUAAUGUCUUCCCUUCGAUUACUAGCAUUGAAGACAGUCAUGUCACACUCACAAACGAUCCCUUGCACAAGAAAGUUUUAUUUCAGUGUUGCUACUCGAGAUUGAUGUAAGUCGAAUUUGUAGGUGGAAUCUAACAAUCAACCUAAUAGUAAUUGGUAUUAUCUACUUAUUCGAACGGUUGCUCUAUUUGUAAUCUUAUCGUCUUUUUCUGUAAAGAUUAUGUUAAUCGAA